GUAAACAUAGUACUAAGUGUUUCUGUUAUCAAUUACAUGUUUGAAUUAUCGCCAAAUAUCGAUGUGUAUCAUCCUAUAUAAAUCGUAGUUUCCGAUUGAGAAUCAUAAGUUGUGAGAAGAAAUUCAAUCAACAAUGUUGACCAAGUGCUUGUUAGCAGCGAUUCUCGUGCUCGAAGUGUGCUGGGCUAUACCCCAUAGCCUCAAACCCCGCAUCACCGAUAGCAAUGAUGCCGAACUCGGAGAAUUCCCAUACCUGGUCUCCGUUCAAUUGGGAUUCCCACCUCUAAGGAGUUACAGCCACGUUUGCGGUGGUGCCAUCGUCAACGCAUCAUAUGUCUUGACCGCUGCCCACUGUGUCCCGAAAUAUGGUAAAUUGAGAGUCGUCGCUGGCAAAUACUACCUCAACAGACAUGAACAAUCCGAGGUGAUCGUUGACGUCGUUAACACGGUCAUUCACAGCCAAUACCACAGGGACAGUGGAGAAAAUGACCUCGCCCUUUUGAAACUGGAGUACCCCCUGAAAUUCAACAAUUUCGUGUCCGCUGUCGCCCUGCCGGAACCGGAAACAGAGCUGUCUGGAGAAGCUGUUCUUUCUGGAUGGGGGUCCACCUCUAAAUUGCCUCUUCCUAUUUACUCCAACGUUGUGCACAAGGCUGUUGUACCAAUUCUUGAAAACGCCGACUGCCUUCAGGAACUGACCAAAGACCAUCUCAUUGGCAAAGUACCUCAACUCUUCGACUCUGAGGUUUGCACCGGAGUAGCUGGCAAGGAAGUGUCUGCAUGCAUUGGUGAUGCUGGUGAUCCACUCGUCCAAAUCGUUGACGACUCUCCCGUCCUAGUUGGUAUUGUAUCAUGGAAUAUAAUGCCAUGCGGAUCUCGCCAUAUGCCCACUAUCUACGCCCGCGUCUCCUCCUUCAUCGAUUGGAUCAACGAGCAUGUAUAAUAUUCUACAAAAUACUUUCGUGCGAUAAACUAAAUCCUACAACCUACAUCGAUUGUACACCAACAAAAUUGAAUCUUCUUUCUAUGAAGAAUGAAGAAGAUUGUAAUUGUAAU